GCUUAGCGGAAGCGCUGAGAGUUUUCCAGAAAGGCUCUGAAAGCAGAAGCGGAGGAGGCUUUGGGAGGAAACGCGGUGUGGAGAGAAGUUUUCUGCUGCGCUGUGUGGCGGUUUAGUGAUUAAACCCUGAGAGCAGUUAUUAUCGGGUUCAGAAUAACAAUAAUAAUAAUAAUAAUGACCACCAUCGACUACAGCGUGUGGGAUCAUAUCGAGGUGUCUGACGAUGAAGAUGAUACUCACCCCAACAUCGACACACCCAGCCUGUUCAGGUGGAGACACCAGGCUCGAGUGGAGCGAAUGGAGGCUUUCCAGAAGAAAGGGGCAGAGUUAGAGAAGAGCCUGUCCGAGGCCAAGAAGAAGCUGUCGGAGGCUCAGCGCAGGGUGCAGGAGCUGGAGGGGGCGAGUACAGACCAGGCCAAGAAGGAGCUGGAGGAGGCCAAGAACCAGGAGAAGCAGCUACGCAAGGAGGAGAGGAGCUGGGAGAAGAAGAUGGAGGAGCACCGCAGAGAGGAGAAGAAGAUGCCCUGGAAUGUAGAUACACUCAGCAAGGAAGGAUUCAGCAAAAGUGUGGUGAACAUAAAGCCGGAGGUGAAGGAGGAGACGGAGGAUGAAAAGGAGCAGAAGCACAAGACCUUUGUGGAGAAGUAUGAGAAACAGAUAAAGCACUUUGGAAUGCUGCGGCGUUGGGAUGACAGUCAGAAAUACCUGUCUGAUAACCCUCACCUGGUGUGUGAGGAGACGGCAAACUACCUGGUUAUCAUGUGCAUUGACCUGGAGGUGGAGGAGAAACAUGCUCUCAUGGAGCAAGUGGCCCAUCAGACCAUUGUUAUGCAGUUCAUCCUGGAACUUGCUAAAAGCCUGAAGGUCGACCCUCGAGGAUGCUUUCGCCAGUUUUUCUCCAAGAUCAAGACGGCAGAUCAGCAGUAUCAGGACGCCUUUAAUGAUGAGCUGGAGUCGUUUAAGGAGCGCGUACGCAGCCGAGCGAAGAUCCGCAUCGAGAAAGCCAUGAAGGAGUACGAGGAGGAGGAGAGGCAAAAACGCCUCGGACCUGGAGGUCUGGACCCUGUGGAGGUCUACGACACCCUGCCCUCGGAAAUGCAGAAGUGCUUUGAUGAGAAAGACAUCCAGAUGUUACAGGAUGCAAUCAGCAAAAUGGACCCUACGGAGGCAAAGUACCACAUGAAGCGCUGCAUCGAUUCGGGUCUGUGGGUGCCGAAUUCACGGACUGAUGACGAUGGAGAGAAAGAGGAGGAGAAGGAGGAGGAGCCUCAGUAUGAGGAAGUGAAGACAGGAAAUGCUCAGUGAGGCCCCUCCCCCUCCAGAACAGAUUUCUCCCCGAUUAGCAAUUACCCACAAUCCUCUGUUCUGCCCUAAAAGCUUUAGAGUGAAUAAAUGUGGAAGCUGUUUGGAGUCAUUUAUUGGUGAGGACCCGGAGAUACAGGAACAUGGUUACACUCUGCGGGGUGGGGUCGGGGGAUUACAGUGCCCCUCGAGUGCUGUUGGCUGUUUCCUCUCACCGCUUGGUUGUUGUUGCUCAGUAACACAGAGCUGUGAUUCUUUGGAAAUGAAUGAUAUUCUGGUGUUUUGUAAUGAACUCUGUACUUCCUCCUAUUGGUUUAUCAAUAAAGUGUAUCGAUUAAUCAUAUUAUAAAA